AAUUUUUUUGCUAAAGCGUCAUGUCAGAGGAAACUGUGAUAGUAAACAGUGUAUAAAUUAAUGAUUUUUCAACAAAUAACGAAGUCAGAUAACGAGAAAUACCGAUUCCUAGCGCAGAUUUCUGAUUUAAUAGUAUAAUAAAAUGAACAUACAUAGUUCCGGGGUUUUGCACCCAUUCAAAAGGCAAUGGAUGAAGGAAAAUGGGGCCGCAGCGGCUGCUCCUGGUAACACGGGGCUUAAAGGCAUAAUAGCAGGUGGUUUGACAGGAGGCAUAGACAUAUGCAUAACAUAUCCAACUGAAUAUAUUAAGACUCAAUUGCAACUAGACGAGAAAGGUGAAAAGAAGAAGUAUGACGGUAUAGUCGACUGCGUAAAGAAGACUGUAAAAAGUCAUGGGGUCUUUGGAUUGUAUAGAGGGCUUAGUAUUUUGAUUUAUGGUUCUAUCCCCAAGGUUGGGAUUAGGUUUGGAGCUUUUGAGUCCUUCAGAAAGCGUCUGCUCCAAGAAGACGGAACAUUAUCACCUAGUCGUCGAUUUUUGAGCGGUAUGGGUGCCGGAAUCACAGAGGCUAUUUUCGCUGUCACACCUAUGGAGACGAUUAAGGUCAAAUUUAUUAACGAUCAGCGGACAGGGAAUCCCCGGUUCAAAGGACUCUUCCAUGGAGUAGGAUUGAUAAUCAAGGAACAAGGAAUUGGUGGAAUCUACAAAGGCUUAGUUCCCACAAUAAUAAAACAGGGAUCGAACCAAGGGAUCCGAUUUUUUGUGAUGGAGACGCUCAAAGAAUUGUAUAAGGGCGAAGAUAAGGAUAAGAAGAUUCCUAAAUACGUAGUAGGCGCAUUUGGGGCAUUUGCUGGUGCAUGUUCCGUAUACGGCAACAACCCAAUAGACGUGGUAAAAACUAGAAUGCAAGGCUUGGAAGCAGCAAAGUACAAAGGAACCGUGGAUUGUAUCAUGCAAAUUUUGACAAACGAAGGCCCUUUCGCUUUGUAUAAAGGAACAGUACCCAGAUUGGGCAAAGUAUGUCUAGAUGUCGCACUCACCUUUAUGAUCUAUGAGACCCUCAUGGAUGCCUUCAAUAAAUUGUGGCCAUAACCUCUUGCGAACAUUCUUUAUUCUAAAACGGCUAGUGUGUUUUACAAGUUAUAAGGACAUUGGGUGGUACCGUCAGUCAUUGAGCAUAAUUGUUAAACAGCUGUAUGGCCUCCUUGAUUUUCAUAGUUUUCUACUGUUCCGUGUAAGCGCUUUAUUUUGAGGUUAUGUUACAAAUUGUGCAUGCUUUUGACAUAUCUGUUAUAUGAGCCUGACAUUUCCUACAUUCAAGAAGAAAACACUCGAAACAGUAGACAUCCAGAAAUACCCCAGCCUUUCUGAAUUAGAGAAAACACUAUGAAAAUCAAGGAGGUCGUAAAGGCGACCUACAAUUAUUGUAGGCACGACUGACGAUAUACGGCUCUUAUGCUCGAGUAAUUUUUCUCUGUGUACAUUCAGAAGCACGAAGUUAGACUCAUUUUUCAAGGUAGAUAAUGUAAUAUUAGAAUCAUUAUUAAAACGUUACGGUCUGUUAUAUACUACAUAGCUAAUCUCUAUAACGUAUAAUUUAAACAAAUACCGACAUAUUUUGUGUAAGGUGAACGUGGUAUGGAAAUAUAAACUAUAUACAUAUACUUGUAAUAUUUAUGCAAGGCG